AUGGACGAUGGGUCCGACGAGCUACUUCUCAAGCCGACGUCCAAUGAUAUGUCUUUGCAGCUCGAUGGCUUUGAUGCGGAUGCGGCCACGGGCGAUUCUAAGCGCUGGCUGCAGAGUCUGGAGAAGUGCAUCCGCGCUAUCGUGAGCAUUCGACUGCUUAGUGUGCGGGCGUUUGAUGGCAAUGGUGCCAGUUUUAGCGUAGCUACAGGAUUUGUGGUGGACAUGAAGCGAGGAUUAAUCCUCACGAACCGCCACGUGGUGACGCCCGGUCCUGUGGUUGCUGAUGCCAUCUUUCUUAAUAAAGAGGAGGUGGAUCUCGUGCCUGUGUAUCGAGAUCCCGUGCACGACUUUGGCUUUUUCCGCUUUGAUCCGAGCAAGGUCAAAUUUCUGCAGCUGCAUGAGAUUCCACUACGACCCGAAGCUGCCAAGAUUGGCGUCGAGAUCCGUGUCGUGGGCAAUGAUGCAGGGGAGAAACUGUCCAUCUUGCCGGGUAUCUUGGCCAAGCUGGAUCGAGAUGCGCCAUCCUAUGGCUCCAGCACGUACAAUGACUUUAACACGUUUUACUUCGCAGCGGCCAGUAGCACAAGUGGAGGCUCCAGUGGAUCUCCCGUGCUGAAUAUUGACGGAUGCGCUAUCGCACUGAACGCUGGAGGAGCCAAAAAGGCGGCAUCAUCUUUUUACCUGCCACUGGAUCGCAUUGUACGGGUGCUCGGACUAAUUCAACAAGGCAAACCGGUGCCGCGUGGAACCAUCCAGACGAUUUUCCGUCACACAGCGUUCGAUGAGGUGCGGCGACUUGGGUUGUCAGGCGAAACAGAGGCUAUGGUGCGCCAACAAUUCCCGCAGGAGACAGGUAUGAUGGUGGUGGACCAGGUCAUCCAAGGAGGGCCAGCGCAUGACCAUCUGCGUACAGGAGACGUGCUUAUUAAGUUUGCGGGAAAGUACGGCGCAACGUUUUUGACCAUUGAAGAGUUGUUGGAUUCUCACGUUGCUGAGACUGUAAACGCGCAGUUCCAGCGCGGAAACGAGCAGUACACAGCCACACUGAACAUUCAGGACUUACAUGCUAUUACGCCUGACAGGUACUUGGAAAUUGGCGGUGGCAUUGUGCAUGCACUGUCCUACCAACAAGCUCGCAACGCUUCGCUACCGGUGGGUGGCGUGUAUCUAGCCCAAGCAGGCCACAUGUUCAUGAAGGCACAUCUGGCCCAGCCCUGUAUCAUAACAUCCGUGGCAGGACAGCCCACCCCUACGCUAGAUGACUUCGCGAACGUCAUGGCCUCGCUUCCUAACGGUUUUCGAACGGUUUUGCGGUACUUCAUGAUCCGCGAUCGGCACCGUGUCCGCACAGCCUUCAUUAUGAUGGAUCGUCAAUGGUUUCCGAUGCAGAUGUGCACACGUAACGACGAGGACGGGUUGUGGUAUCCAAAAGCAUACAUCCAGGAUGCAAUAAACGGAGAUAAAGCACUCGGAAAUAUUGCAAAUUUCGAAAGCCCAACUUUUUCUCCAGCGCCGUUGAGUUUUCCCGGAGGAAACGCGCUGGGCAAGAAGACGCUGCUGUCACUUGUGAUGGUAUCUUUUGACAUCCCUUACAUGGUUGAUGGUAUUUCGAGCUCAAGCUACCAUGGGAUGGGAGUCGUGGUGCAUGCCGCGCAAGGUUUUGUGCUCGUAGAUCAGAACACGGUUCCCAUUGCAUUGGGUGAUGUGUUGAUUACAAUCGCAGCUACCGUUGAGGUUCCCGCUAAGGUGGUUUUUGUGCACCCAGUUCACAACUUCUCCAUUGUACAAUAUGAUCCCAAGACGCUAGGCUCUGUAGCCAGCCAUAUUGAGAGUGUUGUGCUGGCCGAGAAACCGCUUGAAGUUGGUGAGACUGCCGACUACGUCGGAUUGAGCAGCAAUUGGACCGUCGUUACUAUAAAAGCUGUCGUUACUAAGCUCGACCGUCUUGUGUUGCGCGACUUCCAGCCACCACGAUACAAGGCAUGCAAUAUUGAAGUACUGCACUUUGAUCGUAUCACAAAGUCUGUGGGCGGUGUCUUCAUUGAUAGUGCAGGCGCUGUGAAUGCAAUUUGGCUGUCCUUUAGCUACCAAGACAAUGCUGGUCGCAAAGAGGUUUUUCGUGGACUACCGGUCAGCAUUUUUCGACCCAUCAUUGCCGAGCUGCGAGCGUCUCGCAUCCCGGCGUCAUUGAAUAUUUUGCCGGCGCAACUGCUGACUUACUCUCUGUCGAAGGCACGCUCUGGUCUUGGACUUUCUGAUGGAUGGAUACAGAAGCUCGAGUCCUGCUACGAGGACAAGCGCCAGGUACUUGGAAUCAAGCGAUGUGCUGCUGGCACGGACUGCGCCAAAAAGUUUGAAAGCGGCGACUUGCUUCUAGCCAUUGAUGGACGAGUUGUCGUGCGGGAUGCAGAUGUAGAAGAUGCAGUGGACGGCAAAACGAAUAUAGUUGCUGUGAUUGUGCGCGAGCAGAAGGAAAUGGAGGUGACUGUAAGCACGUCUCAGCUGUCGGCAAUGGGCACUAAUCGUGUAAUCGUCUGGUGUGGUCUCGUCAUCCAGAACCCCCACUAUGCGGUAGCAAGCUUAGGCUACAUUCCAGAGGAAGGCGGUGGCGUAUAUUGCUCACGGUGGUGCUAUGGAUCUCCCGCGCAUAAGUACGGAUUGCGAGCAACUAUAUGGCUUGUGGAAGUUAACGGUAAGCCGACACGCACACUAGAUGACUUCUUGGGGGUGGUCGGACGUUUUGGUAAUCGCGAAUCUGUGCGCUUAAAGACAAUUUCCAUUAACACGAAGCCAAAGGUGUUUACCUUGAAGACAGACUACCACUACUGGCCAACAAUCGAGCUGCAUCGAGAUGGAUGGGAUUGGAAAUAUGUAAAGCAUUCAGUCCAAAAUACCCCCACGCAGUAG